GUAUUGCUAUGUUUUAUUUAUCUUGUAAAAUAGUAGUAGGUCUAGUUUUAUAUAAGGUAGCUGACCUACGCAACACUGAACUUGUGACACAUCUAGAUUCUAAACUAAAAGAGUCUAGAUCUAGAUCUCUAGUACCACCGUAGUUAAUGCAAAUUUCACUCAUUGAAAAAUGUGUCCCAAAUGAGAUAACAUACUGAUGCUUCAAGGAAGAAAAAAAUGGAGUCAACAAACAAUGCUGGCGAGGUAUUGAUCAGCAACUGCACUGAACUUUCUGCCAGAAUGCUGAAUCUUCUUAUGACAAGAGAAAUGUUUGAUGUGCAGCUCAAAGUUGGCAAGUUCACCUUCGAUGCUCACAAAUUAAUACUCUGCUCAUGCAGUGAUGUUUUUAAGACCAUGCUGACCAACCAGAAGUGGUCAGAAGCCAGUAAACAACUGGUUAUUCUUGUUGAGGAGCCUCUAUGUGAGUCUGUUUUUAGCCGGUUUAUUCAGUAUAUUUACAGUGGUCAGUUAUAUCUUUCACACAGUACAGUGGGUCCCCUGCUCACCCUAGCUGACAAAUACAAUGUGAGAGAAAUGAUACCCUUGUGUCGGACAUACAUGCAGAAGCACCUCGAUGCCCCGGUGGCUAUUUCAUGUGUUUUACAGUGGUGGCUCAUAUCAAACAUGCGCAACGACUCAGAGCUUGAACACCUAAUACUCAGCUACAUACACAGCAAUUUUGACAAAGUUAUCGGAAUGCCAGAUUUUAUAAAUGCUAGUCUGGAAACUAUUGAAAAGUUGAUAGCCAGCUCAAAGCUUGUUAUCCAUUAUGAGGCCCUAAUCUUCUUCAGUGUUAUGAUGUGGUUGAAGGAUUUUAUAGAUUUACGGCAUCCAACAGCAGAGGAAAUCAAAGAUGGUUUCAGGAGACUUAUAUGUCAUAUACGUUGGCCGAUGAUGAAUGAAGAUGAAAUUGCCUGGUUGAGAGAAUGUCCUGAUGUCCAAGACUUCGUUAAAACAUAUCGGUCAUUGAUGUGCUUCCCCAAUACUCCACCUGACCUAGAUCCCUACUUGCUUCUGGUUGCCCCAAACCAGCUUCAAGAUUUGUCCCCCACUGACAUCGUCCCAUCUGACAGCUGCAACACAUUCAUGGAUUGCUCAAGUUCCCAGCCUGAGUCCUGUGUUCACAACAAAACUUUCCUGCCCUGCCAGUGCCUGUGUACCAGGCCCUCCAAGCAUUACAAGCUGAAGCUGUCAGCUGGGGAUGAGAUGAGAAGGAAGCUGCACAUGCCGCGGGUCUACUUCAGUGAUUACUGGUGCACCAAGCUGACAGUGUCCAACUUCCUAGCCUUCCCACAGUACGCGGCCCAGACUUUUUUCUUCUCCACCCCUCAGUCUGGGGACAGACAAGACAGUGGGAACACACUGGACUGGGAGGUUGAGCUCUGCCCCAAAGGUGUUCGCUUCCACCCAGCUGUUCUCAUAGGUCUGGAGCAGGAUGGCAGCAAGCUGGUGGAGGAGACCUACAUCCACACUGCCAGGCUCUCCUUGAUGUCUCGCACUCAGCAGGAACUUCCGUUAAAGGUGGAGGUCAAUGUUCUUGUGCAAGUCAACAGUCCAUCACUCCCUGGAUGCUAUUAUUUUGAGUGUUGUCGAAGGCAAACCUGUAUUUUUGAUAAUAGAAAUCAGAGACAUAACCUGGACGAUAUAGUUCCGUACGAAAACUUUGGUGCUUACCUCCAUCCAGAAGGUCCAGUGUCAGACCUCUAUCCCAACCGUACUCUAGCGUUUACUUUGUAUAUUGUUAUACGUCCUUUAUAGUAGUUGAGUUCAAAGUCCUUUAGAGUUGUGUUAUUUUAAAACUUUAUUGUUUUAGAAUCCAGGUUUGUUAUGUUGCAUUGAACUAUGAGAGUUACUUGUGUGGUGUGUUUACACAAAACUUAUGAGGUACUUAUUCCUAAUGUGUUGUGUUUAAAGUUCAUGAGGUACUUUUUCCUAAUGUGUUGUGUUUAAAGUUUAUGAGGUACCUUUUCCUAAUGCUGUUGAAGAUACAUCAGGAGUUGUGUUGAUAUUCUUUGCCCAGUCUUUCAGUAUUGAUUUUGUUUCUUGCCACAAAGUAGGAUGUUUUAGAAUUUUAAAAAACCUUUGAAAUAUCUUAUUGUAAUGUGAACUUAUGUUGUUCUUCUGUGUUUAUUACCUGUUUUAUUUUUUUGGUUAGUUUUCAGUAUGUGAGACUUGACCCAUAAAUUAACCCAAUUAAUUAAGAAUGUAUUAAAGCCAGCGUAUGAAGGCAAUAAUCUCAAAACUUUUCUUUAAUCACUGUGUAUCUGGUGUUUUUUUUUUCUUCUGAUGAAGUAUUUAACCUGUGAACAUUUUAUAAAAAGAUAGCCACUGCUGUUGUAUGCCUAUAAACAAAGCCUAGCUGGGUUUAAUUUUAUCAACCUCAUUCAUGUAACUCUGACCAAAGGUUUUUGAAUUUCAGCUGUUCAAUGUUUCUUGUUUUAAAACCAAUUACAUUAUAUCUGUUUAUUUGAUAUGUGUGAUAUUUUUGUUUUACAACUUACAAUUAAUUCAUUUUAAAAUUUGUUUUGUUUACAAACUGUUCUUGAACAAUGUUCUCAAUUUUCAUAUUCUUUUGCAUAUUAUUGAAUAGUAUAAAUUUAGAAUACAAUAAUUGAUUUAAAAGAGCACACAAUCAUGGUUUGCAUGUAUAAGUCAUGUGAUUUUAGCUUAUUGACUGUAGAAGCUAUUCAAAUAAUUGCUAGACAUUUUUUUUAUGUUAUGGUUAUUACAUCUAAUAAUGGCUGCAGUAAGUGAGCUCACAAAUCAAGAGAAAAAUUGGCCAAGGUAUUUGUCAGCACACAAUAGUCAGGUUAAAAACUAAAAAAAAAAAAAGGGGACACAAUUUUGACAGUGAGAACCUCUUGCCUAAAAACUUGCUCCUUGGCCUGUCUUGACUGCUCAAGUCAAAUAACCAACACAAAUCUCUUUAUGUUAAAACAGAAUUUUUUUAUUCUACACUCAAAUAUACCUGAAACUUAUACCUGAAAGUACCUAAAUGUUUAGCACACUAGACCUUUCUCUAUAAACUUUAUCUCCGGCAAAACUAAACUCAUUGACUACUCUCUGCUAGGAUGUUUUUUUACCUGACUACUACUACAAACUAUCUUGGACACCUGCAUGUCCAUUGACUCGGCUGAAUGAUUAUUCAGACUGUCCACUAGUUGGUAUCUGUAUUGACUGAAUUAUUUCUAUUCCUAACAAUGCUUGAUCACUGGAAAAAUACUUGUAAUUGUUCUUAUCUGUGAGCUUAAUAACACUUUUAUUCAUUUAUUAAACUUUAAAAAGAGGAUUUCAUCCAAGUAUUUAUCAUUUUUUUUACCAAUUAUUUUUAGGAUAAUUAUUGUAUUAUAAAGUGUGAUGUCCAGAGAAACGUUCACUUAAGAAAAUUAUUUCUGAUACAGUUUUAAAUGUUUGGACAGGCCUUGGCACUUUGUGGAUGAUCAAAUUUUCAUGUCUUAGUCAGUCUUGUCAAAGAGAGUGCUUAAGUCUUAGUCAGUCUUGUCAAAGAGAGUGCUUAAGUCUUAGUCAGUCUUGUCAAAGAUUGUGCUUAAGUCUUGGUCAGUCUUGUCAAAGAUUGAGCUUAAGUUUUGGUCAGUCUUGUCAAAGAUUGAGCUUAAGUUUUGGUCAGUCUUGUCAAAGAUUAACCUGUAUAUCUUAUCAAAGAUUAACAUGUAUUAAAAUCUUGUCAAAGAUUGACCAUAAGAAUGUUUUAGUUUUAUUCACUUCACUAGUAACCAUGAAAUUUACUGUGUAGAUUUUUUUUUCAUGCCUGCAAAUCAAGGGGAUAUGUGGUCAGCAUUUUGUUUACUCCCUGGUAUACUUUGAUUCAAACUUUUCAAACUACCUUCUUCUUAAACUUUAAAAAAGGUCAUUGUUUACUUUUUAAUGUUUCUAGCAUAUAGCCAUGUUUUACUAGAUGUAUUGCUGGUGCAAGCAACAUUUAAAUGAAUUUAAGUUCUUUUUAGCUGGAUGUGCUGGACUUUUUCAUAAGCAAAAAGUGACUAAUGAAAGUAUUAAGUUAUUAAAACCACUCGCAUGAACAACAUUUUGUAUUACCUAGUAUUUUGUAUCUCUCCACUACCUUCAAAUUGAAAACUUCUGUACUCCAUGUUAAAUUGUCUAAAACUUGUUUUAAUUAUUGUAUUUAUCAACGUGUUCAUGUUUUUAAUAGUUUAACAAAUCAGUACAAUUAGUCAGUAUUGGUCAUCACUGCUAGUUUAUUUGGAUAUGUUUUCAAUAAGUACUAACAUGAUCAGCUAUAUUUGAUUUGUUAUAUAAGCUCAAUAAAAAAAUAUUUUGCUUUUAUU